AGUGCCGAAUCCGGCUCAGUUUCGAUUCAAGCCAAAUUCGGUACGGAAUACAAAACGGUCAUAGAAUAUGAUUAAAUUGUUACAAUUUUUGCUUACCGCCCUGCUGAUCUUGGACGCAAGGGUAAAGGGCGCCGCGAUUCUCAAAACCGUCGGUGAUGGAGCUGAUUCAGCACACGAUUUGGCCGAAGAGUUGAGUGGUCAGUUCGAGGGAGAUAUCGUGCUGAACGAUGUCCAGCAGAAUGAGUUUAGAAAGCGCACCGGAGUUAUACUUCCGCAGUUGCUGUGGCCCAACGGGAUCGUGCAUUACGAGAUCUUUGCAGACAACUUCACUUCCCACCAAAUUAUGACCAUCGAGGGUGCCAUGUUGGACAUUCAGCGGGUCAGCUGCGUACGGUUUGUCCCGCGAACUGCCACAACCACGGAUUACGUGCGCAUUACCGGUGCCCCUUCGGGAUGUUUCUCGUACGUUGGUCGCCAGGGAGGACCGCAGCAGUUGAAUCUCCAGCCCGGAACGAAUUGCUUCCAGUACGGGACCAUCCUGCACGAGUUGAUUCACGCGCUCGGGUUCUACCACAUGCAGAGUGCCUCCGACCGGGACCAGUACGUGACGAUCCGGUGGGAGAACGUCCAGCAGGGAAUGCAGACCAACUUCCAGUCGUACGGCGUGGAGUACAUUUCGGACUUUGGGAUGGGCUACGACUACGGCAGUUUGAUGCACUACAGCGCGACGGCGUUCAGUGCGAACGGGGCGCAGACGAUUGUCCCCCGGGAGGCAGGUGCCACCAUUGGACAGCGCGUGUGGAUGAGCGAGCCCGAUAUCUGGAGGAUCUGGGCAAUGUACAAGUGCGCAUGAAAGAGGGGGUUGUAUAGAUAGAUUAGUUAGGGCAAUAAACAAAGAUCUGUAGAUUGUAAGGAAAUCUUUUGCGUUGCAGGCUGGUGUACCAUAAAGUGUAUCGCCUAUUGUGGUUUCACAUGUGUAGUACAUAUUUGAACAAUCAAGUUGCAAUGGUCUUGCAUGAAAAAUGUAUAUUCAAUGAAUAAAGAAUGUCCUAGGGGAGUGUGGGGUAAUUUG